GGCGCCGGAAGUGAGUGAGCAUUUCCGGCGGCCAUCCCCGCGGAUACCGUCUCCGUCGUGCGAGCGGCCCCGGCCUUCUUGCCGUCAUGAAGGACGUUCCUGGUUUCUUACAGCAGAGCCAGAGCUCCGGCCCCGGCCAGGCUGCCGUGUGGCACCGUCUGGAGGAGCUCUACACGAAGAAGUUGUGGCAUCAGCUGACGCUCCAGGUGCUUGACUUUGUGCAGGACCCGUGCUUUGCCCAAGGAGAUGGCCUCAUUAAGAAUGAAAGACGUCCUGUCCUUACUCUACAUGUUCUGGUUCCACAGCUCUAUGAAAACUUCAUCAGUGAGUUUGAACACAGGGUGAAUCCUUUGUCCCUGGUAGAAAUCAUUCUUCACGUCGUCAGACAGAUGACUGAUCCCAAUGUGGCUCUUACUUUUCUGGAAAAGACUCGAGAAAAGGUGAAGAGCAGCGAUGAGGCAGUGAUCCUGUGUAAAACUGCGAUUGGGGCUCUAAAAUUAAACAUCGGGGACCUACAGGUCACGAAGGAAACAAUUGAGGACGUUGAAGAGAUGCUCAACAGCCUCCCUGGCGUGACGUCCGUUCACAGCCGGUUCUACGACCUCUCCAGCAAAUACUACCAAACAGUCGGGAACCACGCCGCCUACUACAAAGAUGCCCUGCGGUUUCUGGGCUGUGUCGACAUCAAGGAUCUGCCAGUGUCUGAGCAGCAGGAGAGAGCUUUCACGCUGGGACUAGCAGGACUUCUUGGCGAGGGAGUUUUUAACUUUGGAGAACUUCUCAUGCACCCCGUGCUGGAGUCCCUGAGGACCACCGACCGGCAGUGGCUGAUCGACACCCUUUAUGCCUUUAACAGCGGCAACGUAGAGAGGUUCCAGACGCUGAAGACCGCCUGGGGCCAGCAGCCUGAUUUAGCAGCCAACGAGGCUCAGCUUCUGAGGAAGAUCCAGUUGCUGUGCCUCAUGGAGAUGACUUUCACACGACCUGCCAAUCACAGACAGCUCACUUUUGAAGAAAUUGCCAAAAGUGCUAAAAUCACUGUGAACGAGGUGGAGCUGCUGGUGAUGAAGGCGCUCUCGGUGGGUCUGGUGAAAGGCAGCAUUGACGAGGUGGAUAAGCGGGUUCACAUGACCUGGGUGCAGCCCCGCGUGUUGGAUCUGCAGCAGAUCAAGGGGAUGAAGGACCGCCUGGAGUUCUGGUGCACCGACGUGAGGAGCAUGGAGAUGCUGGUGGAGCACCAGGCCCACGACAUCCUCACUUAGUCCCCCGCCUCCCCGUCUGUGGCCGCCGGGAACAUCUGCACUCGGUCGGGGUGGGGACUGUUCUCCCUGCUGUGAACGCAGGACUGUCGCUGACAGGGGGCCUGGCCACAGAGAGAAGCCGCCUUUGUGGGUGUCUCCCAUAGCCCACGGUGGGGAGGGGUCGCGGGUCUCCGGUGACAAGGCAGACAAGAGUGUACACGUGCCCCGAGGAAUGAGAAGGAGUAGCCCGGAGGCGCGUGGGGACACCACUUGGAGGCUCAUCUGCAUUGCCUCCAUCGUGGGAACAGCUCUUGUGUCAUGUGAGAAUGUAAUAAACACCUUUGUUUUGUC